CAAAACACUCUUUUUCCAAGAUGGCGUCGAUGAAGGAUAGCGACACCGGCCUGUGGCUUCACAACAAACUGGGAUCCACGGACGAGCUCUGGGCGCCCUCUAGCAUCGCCUCCCUCCUCACCGUGUCGGUCAUCGACAAUAUUCGCUUGUGUUUUUCCAGCCUGUCGCCCCCCGUGAAGCUGAAACUGCUGCUGGGGAUGUUGCACCUUCCCAGGCGCACCGUCGACGAGAUGAAGGAGGCCCUGUCAGAAAUUAUCCAGCUGGCUACCGUGGAUUCUGAACCCUGGGUGCUGAUGGUAGCCGACAUCCUCAAGUCCUUCCCAGAGACGGGCUCCCUCAAUCUGGACCUGGAGGAGCAGAACCCUAAUGUGCAGGAUAUCUUGGGGGAGCUCCGGGAGAAGGUGAGCGAGUGUGAGGCGUCUGCCAUGCUUCCCCUGGAGUGUCAAUACCUGAACAAGAACGCCCUGACCACCCUGGUGGGACCCCUCACGCCCCCUGUCAAACAUUUCCAACUCAAGAGGAAGCCGAAGAGCGCCACCCUCAGAGCAGAGCUGCUACAGAAAUCCACAGAGACUGCACAACAGCUGAAAAAGACGGCAGGAGUGCCAUUUCACGCUAAAGGAAGAGGCUUGGUCAAAAAGAUGGACACGACGACUCCUCUUAAGGGGAUCCCCAAGGCCCCGUUCCGCAGCCCCACCACGCCAAGCAUCUUCAGCCCCCCCAGCAACCGCACACCCAUCGCUCCUGCACGCACACCCCUGCGCAAGGAGAGAGGAGUCAAGUUGUUGGACAUCUCAGAGCUGGACAUGGUUGGAGCUGGCAGAGAGGCUAAGAGGAGAAGAAAGACAUUAGAAACAGAGACUGGGGAGAAGGCUGCCAAAGAAGAAGCUGUGGUGGAAAACGCCACGCCAGACUAUGCUGCCGGCCUCGUCUCUGCACAGAAACUGGGGGCGCUGAACAACGAGAGCGCCCUCCCAUCAACCAGCUACCUACCGGCCACGCCCAGCUUGGUGCCCUCUUCCUCCUACAUUCCCAGCUCAGAAGCUCAGCCAGCAAACGCCGGCGGUUCAGGUCGGGAUCCCCUGCAGUCAUCCCGUCAGCCUGACGAGUCUGCCACGGCGGGCGGCGGCGGCACUGCUACCUUACCAGGCCAGUACAAACAGAGGACGCCCAUGUACAACGCCAGCACCACUGCCAGUCCAGCUACCCCCACCUCCCCCAGCACACCGGCCUCCACCCCCGCCAGCAACGGACCCCCAGCCGCCGCUACCGCCAGCCAGCCAGACACCCCCACCCAGCCCCCCAGCACACCUCAGACACCGACCCCAACGCCAGCCCCUACGCCCCCGCAGCCCCAGCCCAAAAAGAACCUCUCACUCACGAGGGACCAAAUGUAUGCUGCCCAGGAGAUGUUCAAGACGGCCAACAAGGUCACCAGGCCAGAGAAGGCCCUCAUACUGGGCUUCAUGGCAGGAUCCAGAGAGAACCCAUGCCCGGAGCAGGGGGACAUCAUCCAGAUCAAGCUGAGCGAACACACGGAGGUCUUGCCCAAGGCGGACGGCACCGGCAGCACCACUAUGCUGGUGGACACAGUCUUCGAAAUGAACUACUCCACGGGCCAGUGGACCCGGCUCAAGAAAUACAAACCCAUCACCAACACCUCCUGAGACGCUCGCCGGGGGGCUGAGGACACUUCACUCAUUCACUCUCUCAUACACACACACACUCUUCCACAUCUAUACACACACACACACAUACGUGUUUACAUGCACGCAGGCAUUUGCAUACAUACUUGGGCCAAAUCAAGCGGUUGAGAGAUAUGAGGGGCGUGGGGGUAAUAUAGCAGGAGGUUUAAGAGGAGGUCACAGCCGGAGAUCCUCUCUUUAAAAAAAAAAGAAAAGAAAAAAAAAAGGUUCCUACAAAACACCGGACUCGAGACUCACUUUUGUUUUGUUGUCUGUAUAUUAUCCCUCCCUUUUUAUCAUUGUUUGUUUUGUUUUUUUAAUUCACCUCGGAUUCCUGAAUGUUAUGGCGGUCAGGAAGGUGCACGAGAGUCGGGAAGAACCUGAGCGGAGGUCAUUCUUACGGCAGGGCGCCUUUCAAGACUGGUUGUACCAUGAGGUGCACACAUGGUCACGCAGCUGUUGAGAAAGACACACGGUUCCUGUGUACGAAUGUGGCUUUUGCGGUUUGUUCUUCCUACCUUUCAGAAAAGAACAAGGAUGGUGUCGUGGCAAGAAAAAUAAGGAAUCGACGUACGCAGUCGUGCGACAGGAAGACGACCGAUUCGUAAUUGCCGAUGCUGUUUCUAAACCUCUGGAAGAUUUUAGUUGUUUUUCAUCCUUUUUCAAAAGAAGGGAAGAAAAUAAAGCAGUGGUUAUCCAGGACACCAUUUUCUGACUUCUAAUAGUUUAUUUAAAUGCUGUGAUCAAAACUGUUUCCCCGUCUCAGACACCCCGGGCAGUCUCCUGUUCUUUCCUCCAGUUUCUAGUCUCGUUUUGAUCCCCUCUUCCUAGACGUGGGGCAUGCUGAGGGCACUGGAAAUGAGUGCUGCUUUUCUGUCAUGAGUGUUUUCCUCUGUUGCUGUUGGUAUUUACAGGACGGUUUUCCGAAGGACUUGUUCGUGCCUGUACAUCCCGGGGCCAGCGUUGGCUCACAGUGCAUCAAACGAGACUGAAAUUCACAUGUUUAUUUUACAGUUUACAUUCGCAGUGAUUGACACUGCACAAGCAUGCAGUAAUACGGUGACCUUGAGUCGUGUGUAACUGGCGUCACGCGAGUUCACCAGCCGAGCUUCCUGGCAGCCUCCUGAACCAGUCUGCUGAAAAAGUCGGCAAAUUCUGUUCCAAGCUCCAAAUUACUGACGGUGGUUUCUAGACAAAUAAUUUAUUAACUGAUCCAAAGUCGAUGUUUAAAGCUUGUGCACAUACAACAGGUUCCUGUUAAAGAACAGUAAAUUAUAAAAUGAUUGGUAUCCAUUCAAACAAUCAAUUUGUCAUUGUGCCAAAACAAAAAAACUUACACAUUCAAAGUGCUGAUUGCAAAUUUUAGUGCAUCUUCACUACCGUAAAGCAGAUAAGCCACAAUCUGGAAUCAAACCGACUCGUGUGUGUGUGUGUG